CCAAGCCCAUCGAGUCAUGCCGACCUCGGGACUUCAGCCACGACCCGCUCGCGCCCGGACCCGUCGUGCAUGGCACGCUGAGCGCGAGCGCUGACGUGACGUGACGCGCGAGGACGGAGCCCCUGGCGGGUCGGGGGAGAAUGCAGAGAUGAAGGCAGAUGAGGAGGAUGUCACAGCGCAGACCGCUCCGGAGGACACCGCUGAAGAGGCUGACACCGAUGCCCAGCGACCCCCCACGGCCGCUGCCGAACCGGGGGUCGUGGAGGCGGCCCAGGCGGAAAGCUUGACUGCCGACGAUGAAAAGAAGGCAGAGCAGCAUGAAGAACAGAAGGAAGAGCAGGAGGAAGAACAGACGGAAGAGCAGAAGGAAGAACCAAAGGAGGAACAGAAGGAAGAACUGAAGGAAGAACAGAAGGAUGAGAACGGAACCGAUGUGAGAACUCAGGAUGAAGCGACGAAAGAGGAGGUUGAAGCGAAGGAGGGCGUGGAGGUUGUAACGAAACCUGCCGUGGAGGAAGAGGAGACGAAGGAUGAAAGUAAGGAGGAUGAAGCCACUGCAAAGGUCGACCUUGCGAAUGAAGAGAAGGAGGACAAGGAGACUGAGAAGCAAGUAGACAAGGUGUUGAAAGCUCCAGUGUCAGAAGAUGAGAAGGUCGUUUGCGAGGUCGCUGGAACAGAGGAGAAAACCACGCCGGUGAAGGAAAAUGAAGAGGUGGAGGAGAAUGAAGAAAAAGCUCUACCCACAAAUGAGGCUAAUGAGGACGAGAAGGAGAAGGAGGAGAAGGAGGUCCCAAAGGAGGUCCCAAACGUGGCGGAAGAGGGGACGAGUGCCGGUCUGGCGAGGGGCGGUCUGGUGACCGAUCCGCCGGUGGAAGCGGAGAAGGAGGAGAAGGAGGAGAGGUCAAGUCUUCCAAAGGAAGGUGAAGCAUCUGACUUGGAGGACGAUGGUGCUGAGAGGGCAACGGAGGAGGCCACAGCGCUGGUCUCCACGGCGACGUCGCCAGCGGAACCCCACGAGGUCGAAGCAACUCCAGGAGAAGACGAGAAAGUGGUCUCGGCGGAGGUCGCCCCCAGUGAGUUGCAGCUCGACGAGGCCAAGGCCAAAGAGCAGAUGCAAAAGCUGGCAGAAUUAGAGGCUGCGCUGGCACCCUUCUCAGCACCUGAGGCAAAGAAAGACCACGAGGCGAAGAAGGACCACGAGGAGAAGAAAGGGAAGGACGAGAAAGAGGCCAAGAAGAAGAGCGCCCUCUUCGGCAGCACGCCCGCGGCCGUGGAGCUGGCCUCGGAGGCGCGGCAGCAGGCGAAGCGCAGCGCCGAGAAGCGCGAGAAGGAGUCACAGCGUGGUGAGAUGAGGGGCUGGCGGUCGCUGAGCCGGAAGAAGAGCCGCAAGCGCAGCCGGAAACGAGGACGCAGCGGGUCUGGCCGCAGCCCACGUGGCAAAGCCAAGUCGAAGUCGCCCAAAGCGCGGAAGCCGAAGACGCGGAGCGCCUCCAAGCGCCGGCGCAGUCGGAGCAGUUCCAAGCGCAGCCGCCGUGGCGCGCGCCGGAAGAGCCGCACGCGCCGCAGCCGCACGCGCAGCCGCAGCAAGGUCAAGUCGCCGCUGCCGCGGCGGCGCAAGGGCGACGCAGGCCGUGGCACCACGCGUGGGAAGCGUUCACGCUCCAGCGAGAAGAAGCGCAAAGCGCCCGCGCCCAGCAGCAGUUCUUCCGUUCCCCGGAAGACCAAGACGAAGCCUGCGGCGCGCAAGGAGCGCGUUCCGCCGCGGAAGCGCUCGCGGUCGGUGACGCCCCCGCGCAAGGCCUCUCCGAAGAAGGUGCCCCGCCGCCCGCCCAGCUCCAGCAGCUCCUCGCCGCCGCGGAAGGCGUCGCCGAAGAAGGCCGCGGCGAAGACGGCGGCAAAGAAGGCGGCGCCGGUGAAGAAGACCAUCGCCAAGCGCCCGAAGCUCUCCAGUGACUCUUCGACCUCCCCGGCGGCGCCGAAGCCGCCCACGGCGGCGACGAAGCCGAGCACGCCCGCGGCGGCGACGAGCGCGGUGGCGACGAAGGCGGCGAGCGCCAAAAGCGCCAAGGGCAAGGCUCAAAGUGCCACGCCCAAGGUCAGUGCGAAGAAGAAGGAGAAAGCUCCGCGACCUGGCCGACCAGCAGUUCACGAUGGAUUGGAGACCAGUUCACGUAGGAAGCCUUCCAAGCCGGAGCCCUCCGCUGCUCCACCGCCGUCCGCGCCCGCGCCGCCCGCGCCGCCGCCCGCGCCCGCGAAGGCGCCCGCGAAGGCGGCCGCGCCGAAGGCGACGGCGGCGAAGGCGACGGCGUCGCCGAAGGUGGCGCCCAAGGAGAAGGUGAAGAAGAAGAAGGUGAAGAAGGCGCCUGCACCGGUGCCCGCGAAGGCACCUGCAGCGCCGCCCCCGGCGCCGAAGAAGGCGCCGCCUGCGGCGCCGAAGGCGCCCGAGGCGAAGGCGACCGAGAAGGGCGAUGACAGCGAUGUGGAGAUCUUGGGUGCAGACAUCAACUGGACCUCGCGUGCAGCGAAGGUGGCAGCGCAGCAGGCCUCAGUGGCCAAAGCGCAGGAGCGGAAACCUGAGGAGGUCUUAGCCCAAGCGUUGAUGGAGGUCUUGGGCCCGGUUGACAUGUCGCAACAGGAAGCUCAGCUGCUGCGGCGCCAGCGCCUGCGCCGGCAGCGCGGCGAGCUGCCCAUGGCUGAGCCCGUAGACGUCACGGCCCCCGCGCGCGACGGCGACGGUCCGGAGCGGCGGGAGCUGGAGCAGAAGCUGAAAGUCACGCAACGGCAGCUGCUGCAGUUACAGCUGGGAAUGAAGCAACAGCAGUUAGAGAACCUCAAGGCGAAGAUCCGUUCCAAGCCGCCCAGCUCCGUCCAAGCCAAAGCCCGCCGCGCCGGACCGCCCCGCGCGCGACCCGCGGGACCGGCGCCGAGUCCCAGCCCGGUCGAGCCGGGUGGACCGGUCGCCGCGGGGCCGUCGCCCUUUAGUCCCAAGGACCGCGCGGCCACGGCAGCGCCGGCGACACCCCCGUUGCCGCCACGCCCACGGCCGCCGCCAGCUGCGGCGAUGAAGAAGACGUUGGCGGAUGCAUACUUCUCCAAGAAGGCCGAGGUGGAACGACAAAAGGCCAAGCUCCAAGAGGCGCUGCGACGGCGACAGGCCUUGGCCCAGGCCCAAGCCGACGUCGACGAGGCCAAAGCAGAAGCAGGCGCGCAAGCAGGCGCGCAAGCAGGCGCGCAAGCAGGUCUGGAGCCGGAGCGCCGCUGAGAGCUGAAGCAGCUGAGCCAAAGAGACGCCGCAAUGCGUUGAGACGGAGGGGCGCCGGGACCUCCUGGCGGGGGCCGACCUGCAGCGUGGGGUGAGACCACAUCCCCCAGUCAC